GUGGGGGUCUUGCUGGUGCCGUUGCCUCAGUAUAUAUCUAGAAAGGCAAGAGAAGAGGUGCCUUCCCCUCAGGACACAACACUGCUUGGCCCGAACCUCCCCCCCAACGAAAACAUCCAGGCAGUUGUGUUCUCUUUCUGUCUCCCCUCUCCUCUUUCAGCACCUGUUUUGGAAACUUCUAGAACUUGAAUACCUGCUGGUGUCUGCUCCUGCCUCCCGUCGGGACGGCCGUCGUCGAAAAAAGGAAGGUUUCCUAUUCACACAACUGUUUGUUGCUUCUGGGGGCGAGGGAGAGAGAGACAGAGGCCCCGAGAACCGCUAACCCGUCUGGAUGAGUAGCGGGUGAUAUAAUAGAAGUGGAUGGGCUGGAUGUGGAGUUAGAGAGGAGGUGGAGGAGGAGGAGGAGGGGGGCGUUUUGCAUGAACCUCGCUGCUGGAGCAAACCAUGAGUGCAGGCAAGGCGCCCUGCACUCAGCUGCUUGUGCCCCAGGUCUCUCCUGCCGUGCAAAGGACAAUAACGACAUCAUCAUCACUCUGGUUACCUCGGCCACCACCACCUGACACCAGGACUUAGCAACCUAUCUGCCCAAAAUAGAAAUUAAGAAGGUGUGUGUAUGUGUGUGCGUGCGUGUUUUGCGGGGAGCGAGGAAGAGGGAGAGAGAGAGAGAGUGAAUGCACGUGAGGGAUCGUCGUAAGUGCGUCGUCGUCGCCGCCGUCGUCGUCAGCACUGUGCUUCCUACAGCAGAGUCUUUCGUUGUCCGUAAUCCUGCGUUUCUUCUACUCCUCCUUCUCAGCCCCUGUUAGGGCCCAUGACAGCAGCCCCAGAAGAUCUCUCGCUACUAAGUUGGAAUUUCGAUGAAUUUUAAGAAGAAAAAGAAAAAAAGUUAUGAAUUGAAAAAGAGAGAAUUAUUGGUCAAACCCUCCCACUAUCAUUCUGGUAACACGGUCUUUCUAAUGCCCUUUGCCCGUAACUAUCAACGAAAAAUAGUAAUUAAUAUUUGAAGAGGUGCUCGUUUUAUAAGCGUGAGAAAUGUAAAAUUCAUUAAGGAAAAUGCACGGCAUUAUGAAGCAAAUUAUAAGUAGAAAAGGGUACAUGUAAUAACUAGGCUAAUGUGAAAGAAAAACGAAUCCAGGUGAAUUUAAAGUGAUCUACAUGUCGAGGACUCCUGACAGUGAGAGAAAGAGAGAGGAGGAGAAGACGGAACUGUCGAUGAUAAUUACGACGGAGUAAAACGUAAAUAGAGAGAGAAAAAGAAGUGAUAAGUGGAAGAACACAGAAAAAUUGUUGUUUCUCUACAAACUGCUUCAGGUGAGUUUCGUACCGUCAAGACAGACAAGCAAGAUAAUAAAUAAAAAAACAACAGCUACAAGAACAACAACAACAAGACUACCGUUCAGACAGUAGUUUGUGUCCGAGCGAAUGGAUGAGGAGCUCUCCUGGGUAUCCAAUGGGCGGGUGAGAGUCUUGGAGUGCCUGGCACCGUGGCUGUGCAUUAGCGCAGCCCGCCCGGUUGGCUCGGUGGGGUCCGGGGCGGCUCGUCAGCACCCCCAGCACCACGACGGGCCCCAGGAAGGAGGAGGAGGAGGUGGUCAGCAGCAGCAACAGCAGCCUCAGCAGCAGCAGCAGCAGCAACAGCAGGAGCCCGUUGGCUGGCUCCGGGACACCAGAACCACGCCUACUGACAGGACGCGACCGCAUUCCGCGCCCCUACCCAUCACCACAACAAUGGUCAAGACCUUCCAGGCAUACCUUCCAUCAUGCCACCGGACGUAUUCUUGCAUACACUGUCGGGCGCACCUUGCCAACCACGAUGAGCUUAUAUCCAAGUCGUUUCAGGGUAGUCAAGGCCGGGCCUACCUCUUCAAUUCAGUGGUGAAUGUGGGGUGUGGACCGGCAGAAGAACGGGUGCUGCUAACAGGGUUGCAUGCAGUUGCAGACAUUUACUGCGAAUGCUGUAAAACAACCCUGGGAUGGAAAUAUGAACAUGCAUUUGAAUCAAGCCAAAAGUACAAGGAAGGGAAAUAUAUCAUCGAACUGGCACAUAUGAUCAAAGACAAUGGAUGGGACUGAGAGUGGGCCCCCUGGGGGCGCAAGAGCCUUGGUGUACAGCUGUGACCAACCUUGUCUCGACUCCCAGUCUCACCGUCCUCUUUACCAUACCUGGGAUGACCACUCAUCAUCCUUUGGUAACCUUGGAUGAUAUGAGAAACCUAGGAAAACCUACCAGUACAUUAGGAUGAUCUAUCAUCAUCCUAGGAUGGCUGAGGAAGUUGUAGGCUGGGCUGACUAAUGAUAUAUUACUGCUUCCCUACUUAGAUUUAGGUCGACUAGCUGUGCGCGAUGUACUCUUGAAUGGUGAUCUCAGCUAGCACAUGAUGCCAGGGUGUGUUGUGAUACCAGACAUUCUAAAACUUAAAAUGAGGCUUUGGGAAAAAAAUAAUCUUAUUUUUUAAGUGUCAGUCUAUAUUUUAGCAGCAGUGUUAUACAGGAUAUAAUCUGGACAUUGGGUCUAUCCAUAUUUAUCAGAAACAAAUUUUGAUAUGUUUGAGUUAGUUGUAAUCGAAGAAAGAAAGAAACAAAGUGACAAAAUAUGUGUCCUACAAGCUAAGUAACAUUUGAAGUAAUAAGGCUAUGGAAACCCCUCAUUUGUGUAUCAACACACCCUGAGGGCUAUUAGCCUCUUCAUCAUAACCAGCAUCACAAUCAUCUUUCUGUACUUCAUGUCAUCUGUGGCUGUCCCGUAGGAGGCAGUCGACAGCCAGUCAGCCAGCUAGCUCUCGUCCAGUCUCAUGGCCUGUCUGUGAUGGGUAUUGCCCCGCUAGCAAACUUCAAUUUGUUGUGUAGUAAGUGUUUAUAAACAUAAUCCUCCCAGCCAGCCAGUUGCAAGCCAGUUAGACAGAUUCUUGUAUUUUAGCCUCACUCAUUGUGAGCAGUUACAAAUGUUAAUAUUACAUUAUGUCUACCAUCAUAUGCUAAGGGACCAUAGUGUUUAUUCCAUCUGCAGCAGAUCUAUAUCAUCAUAUUUAAGGAGCGUAAGCGAGUGACAGCAGUUUCUUGGUGCAACAAGUAAGGCAAAGAAACUAUGGCUGCUUUGUUCGCCUUCUGUUGUUAUUUCCCUUUAACAGCAGAAUCCGUAACUGCAGUGGCAGCAAUAAGAAAUAACACUUGCAACUAAAAAACUAUUUGCUGACUAGGAAUUUUGUGCUGAAAAGCCCAUCUCUAAAAAAACAUUGCAAGAUUUUUUUUUUUUUUUUUAAUCAACAGUGCGAAUGAAAGCACAUUAAUUUGAUGAUAUUCCUCAAAUGUCUCGUCCAUAAAGUUGCACAGGUUCAGGUGCAAAAGGGGUGGGGUAGGGGAUGAGGGAGUGAAGAUGAUGAUGGUGUUCCCACUGUGAUCUUUUGCAUCUUGGGAGUCUGAAUUAAAUUUCAGACUGCCUAUGAUGAUGUGUCUUACUCAAUGCCACAUUAUGUGAUUGGACAAUAUUUUCAUUAUUUCCACAUGUCUGUAUUGUGUGUUAUAAUAGCCUAAAGGUGCAUUUCCAUGUAUGUGACUUUGUGGUUUGAAUGGACAAGUCCUAAUGAUAUAAUCAGAGGGGGAUUUUACGUCGGUCUUGAAAAUGGAUUUGUUUAAAGUUACAGUAUAGAACAACUGUGCAUCUAGCGCACUCAAAGCUUUAAUUUUCUCACAUAUACACCAAAACCAGAAAGUAAUGUACAUGAGAAGGCUAUAACCUGCAAUUUGGUGUUCCCAGCAAACAGAAAUUAAAAACAUUUAGUAGGUGGAUGUAAUGUCACGCUUAUUUAAGCUGCAUCUUGACAGUUUCUGUGAAAGUGGCAAGAUGGUGAUUAUGUAAGAUAAGAAUCACAAACAACCAAUGUUUUUCAGGAAAUUUCUCAAAAAGACCAUAUUACCAAAAUUGAGUGUCCAAAAUGCCAUCAUUGUUUUGCUUUGCAUUUGUGUUUUGUAGAAAUGCUAUCAUCGGAAUUAUCUGUGGUCUUUUGACUGUUAAAUUGAAAUAAAGAAAAACAAAAGAUUACCAUAAAUGAAAAUUAAUAUUGAAUAAUAGAGUGGAUAGAUUGGCUAAUAUAAGUGUUAUCUGUUAUUUACAUACUGUACAGUAUGAUAUAUAAAUUAUAUAUAUAAACUAUAUAUAUAAUAUACUCUACAUAAAAUAGGUUGAAAGGCAUAUGGAGUCCAUAUUAGAAAUUUUGAGUGACACUUGCCUUGAGUGCACAACAGUGAUAUAUAUAAACUAAGAAAAUUGGAGAUUUACAAAUUUAUAACUUACUAGAUUGUAUAAUUUUUUUAUGUUUUGACUUCAAAUUGUAAAUGAACAUUUUCUUAAGCACCAAAUCAUCCAUUUUUUUUUUUUUUAAUCAGUAUAUCAGUAGCAUGUACAUAAUUUAUUGGUUCAUUUGAUGUUUCAAAUCAGGUUUAUAUUUUUACCACCUAGAAAAGUUUAACAUCAAAAAGUACAUUUUAUGGUAAAAGUUUCACCCCUGUUGGAAUUAACUUCAGGGUCAUAUUAGGUCUGCUUUUGGCUUGUUGGCUUGGUGGUGGAACACUUAACAUAGCUUUAAUCAUGUGUAGUUAAGAGAAUUCAACCAAGUACCUAUUGGCUAGCCUUAUCUCAUUUUUUAAUAACAACCUUUAUUAGUUCAGAUCUCGCAUGAUGUCAAUGUGCAUUACAGUAACUAAGUUUUGACUUGGAACUUCCUCCCAAGUACUUUUGAGAUAGCAAGGGAAGCUUUUGUCUAAUUACAAUCUUUCAAGAGGUAGGAAGUGUGAGAAUCGUUUGGCAUUCAUUGUGGAUUGUGCAAUUGUUUUAAGGAUAAUCUGUCACUGCAUGUGGGGAUUUGACUCGCCAAGGAAUUUACAUUUCAUGUUAGGUUUAUCUCUAUGCUCAGGUAGAUAGAGAAGCUCCUUCCCGCAACUUCAUCAAUUCUCCGAACUUAGGUUUGAAAUCCUAUAUUUUCUCCAUAUACAAAAUGUUUAUCUAUUUGUGACUAUAGAAAGUACUGUAAAUCUUUUCUAACUUGAUAACACAUAGACUCACUCCUGUCAAGUUGCCUGCGUGUAUAACUGGCUUCUGUGCCUAUUUCAAAUGUUGGAUACCUUUUGAAUAUCUUGUUGUUCCUCCUAUUUCUAUGAUGAUUUUACUGGAUGAUUUUCCCCUCAAGUAUAGUUUAUCUGCUUGCAAGUGAUGAAAUUCAGUUUUAGAAAAUAUUCCUAGUUUAAAUACAUCUUUGAUAAAGACUGCCCUCCUAAAAUAAGUAAAUACAACAGCAUCUGUAUGGGGAUACCUGCUAUACAGACUUUUUUUCCAGUAUGUUGUGUUCAAAAUAAAAUUUCCGAACCAUUGGCAGUUUAGAAGUGUGGUAAUUUUACUAAAAGUAACUAUAUUUUGGUGGUAACUCUAGGGAAUCCAGCAAUUAAUUUUGUUUCUACAGAAUUCAAUCGGUAUUUUUUAUCUAUUUUACUUUCUGUAUAGCCAUCUAGUGAUUGCAUUAAUUGUCCCUUUGUAUUGUAAGCUAAACAUGAUCCUCAAAAUUAUUUUUAUGAGUAUGGAGUCAUAAUCAUUUAUAUUCAAACAAGGCUACUUUUGUUUGUGGCACUUUUGUUUGGCCAUUUUGUACUGUUAAAAAAAAUAGUCCUGUUUGAUUCUUCAUCAUAUGGGUAAUGUAUUCCAUUUUUACUCAUCAAAUAAUUCAGAAAGUAUUACUGACUAAAUAUGCUGCCUUUUUUCUUUCUUUUUUUUAUGCAGCAAUGGUUCUUUCAGUAUGUUCUGAUGUCAGUACAUACCCAGUUCCACAUAUUCAAUUAAUUGUACGCAUAUGGUCAUAAUUGUGAGAAAAUAUUUACUAAAGAAGAUCCCCAUAAGGUGGUCCUAUAUUUUUACAUGGCAUUCUAGUCUUUCAUCAUAACCUGUAGCUAAAAAAGUGUGCAUGUCUCUGCCUUGUGUUCUCUUAAUAAUACAGUAAUUGCUGUUUGUAUCAUCAUCAUCAUAUUUCAUGGGAUAUAUUUCAAAUGGAUGGCUAAAGGCAUUUUUUGUGAAAGGUAUAAGAGUUAAUAUGAUUGACUGUGAUAUUGUUGUGAGUUGUGUAUCCUAGUUCAUUUAACAAACUUCUUGAAUAAUCAUUACCAGUACAGUAGGUCGUAAAUGAAAGCAGAAUGAGGAAGGAAAUGUUGGGAAGUGGUUGAAUUACCAUUCUUCAGUGGUCUCUUCUGAGGUUUACAGAAGAGUGAAAAGUGAAAGUGUAAAACUUUCAGGGAUAGAGAAUUCUCAACAAUAUCAUCAUCCCUUGUUUUGCCUUUUGGUCAUAACCAAAAAAAAAUAUAUAUACAUAUAUAUAAAAAAAACCACUGAUUGUGCAGGACACUUUGGCUGUUGUAGUGCUUUUGUGAUUGACAUUAUCAUAGAAGGCUUGGAAACAUUCACAUAGGUUAGUUUCCUUUAAAUGUUGUAUUUCAUAGCUACCAUCAUGACACUGGUAACUGCUUUUAUUUAUAAAAAGUGAUCGGACCUUGUUGCUGAGAGAAGUGCAUUUUGUUAUUGUCCUGUCACAAUGCAAGCACUGUGGAUGAAAUUGUCUGAAUAAGGUAAUUUGAUAUUAGUCUGCUUUAACAAUAAAAAAAAAUAUAUAUAUACAUAGAAAAAAAUCAGCUCCACUCGAGUCCCAUCACGAUAUUUGUACGCUGUAGCUUUUGCUGAUUUUAGGGAUAAAUGGAACACAAGUCUUCAAGGACCACAGUACAGUACAUUUAUAUUCUGUCCAAAGUGAGAGGGGUCCAUUUACAGUGUGUUAUCAUCACUUUUAUACUAAGCUACUCUCUGUGAUGCUUAAUUAGGAUAUGUUGACGUUUCCUUUUUUAUUAUUAUUAUUUUUGAAGAGCUUAGCCCCAAAAAAAAAAAUUGUAUUUUGGACUUUUUGUCAGAGUGAAGUGUGGCAAUAGAGCCAAAGAAAAGCAUCUAUUCUGGCCCAUGUGUAUCAGGAUGAUGUGUGGCACUAGAGCCAUGGAAUUCCUCUUACAAAUCCAUAAUUGCAGUAUUCUUAUUCUGCUGGUACAGAUUCCUUACCCCCUCCCACUGAGCUAAUUUGUGCUGUUUCAUAGAACAGAAAUGGUCUUGUAUUGUUCACUAAUUUUUGUUCCAUUUGGUGGAAAAUUAAAAAUCAAAAACCUCCAAUGUUGCCUUGAUAUACAUGUUUAUGAAAUCUUGCCCUCUUUUAAUUAACAUUACAGAUUUUUAUUAUGGGUGAAUUACAUUUCAGAUUUUUAUCAUGGGUGAAUUACCCAUCAGUGUGCAUGAAUAGUUAUUUGAUAAUGACCUUGGCACGCACAGGCUUAGUCUGUCUUGUUUCUGCCCAAGUACUUUGUUGGAAAAAUAAAGUGCAGUUUUUGUAUCUGUAAAAAAAAAUAAAAUAAAGAAAAAAAAAAAGAGUAAUUGCCCACCUUUGCUCAUAGCCAAUAAGAUAUUAGUGUCAAUGAUGGUGUCUUUGGUGAUUUGCAGUAUCAGUGUAGUGAUUUCAUUGUAUAUAGAUCAUUUUUUACAACCAAGGAUGACAUACUUUGUUUGGAAAUACAUUUUUUUCCAUUUUUAGCAUGUGGAGGAUUAAACUGGGAUUGGGUCUACAAAUAUGAAUUGAACCCAACUGUCUAGUAAGGUUCAGUUUCUUGCAUAGAUGUAUGAUGGAAAUUGAAACUUAUUAUAAAAGUUCUGGAGUUUAUAAUUGUUGGUCCUAUCAUAAACUGUAUCUUGUAGCAUUGUAGAGCUUGCUGUUUUCAGUAAAUCUGGAUGGAGUAAAUGUGGAUGUUAUAUGUUUAAUAUAACUAGCAUUGGCCAGUUAUUUUCAUUUCUUUGAUCAAAUUAAUUAAAGUAGCUUGACCUUUAUUUGUAAUCAGACUAAGUUAUAUCCAGGUUUGCUUUGCUGUAUAUAGUAUUUAUUCACAGGAAGCUUACACUAGUUGCUGCCACAUAUGCAGAGUAAUUUCCUUACUGUAUUUGUUACAUGACAAACUACACACAUUACUAGUACUGGUUUUGAUGCCAUUGAUCUGUGAUCCAAUGUUGCAUUAUUGUUCUGUACAAUUUACAGAACCUUGCAGGUUAUUCAGUUCCAUUUGCUUAUGAAAAAAAUAAUGGACUUGAAAUGAGAUAAUCUUGCAUCCAGAGUAGUAUUUGCACUUUUCACAAGAAUAUUAUAAUUUUGUCUUAUCUUAAAAAACAGUGGAAGAACACAACUUCUUUAGAAAUAUUAACUGGAGGUAAAGUUAAUAGUCUGCAUAACUGGCAGCAACAUUUUUGGUACGUGAGUGUCUCACAUAAAAAAAGCUGCUAAAUGUGACUUUACACAAUAAAACAUUUACCAAUAAA